GAUAAACAUGACAUUAUGAUGAUAAUUUGUGCCUGAUUUUCUUGUCUUGAGAUAUUGCUCUAACACUUAGUUUCUCGAGAAUUAGAGUAUGAUAAUUUAGAGUUUGGUAGCAUAUAAAUAACAUUCUAAUUAAAAAUUAUUUUUGUUUGUAUUUUUUGUGUGUGUUAAUCAUAUCCUUAUUUCUUGAGAAUUAGAGUCGGAUAAUUUAAAGUUCAAUACCAUUUAAGUAAUAUCAGGUUAAGAAUUAUUUUUUCUUUAAUUCGAGUACUCGAGUUUUUCAAAAGAAAGAAAAUUCAUUAAUCACUUGAAUUUAUAGAGUGGAGUACACUUGUCACCAAUAGCACAAUAAAGGGAUAAACAAUUGUAGUUGACUAGACCUUGCUAGCUAGUUUUCUUCUAAGACCAGCAUUCCUUCUUGUUCAUUGUUUUCUUCUUCUUGUUCUUCCAUUUAUUAUAGUUAGUUCAACAAGUAGAAGCAAACUAGUCCAUUCUUCUUCAUUAGCGUGAUACAUCAUCUUGAUAAUUAAUUCUCUCACACAAUUCAUUUCCAAUUCUUGUUGAAACAAACAAACAAUGCCUCUAGAGUUGGAUACUUUUUUAGCUUUGGUUAUAGUUUUGGGUUUCUUUGCAUUGAUUCAAGCAUUAAUGGGAAGUAAGAAUUCAAAAGAAUCUCAAAGGAGACAUGUAGUUUCACCAUCAUCAGCAGCAUCAUCAUCAUCAUAUGGGUCUGUUGAUUCUUCAUCUUCUUCAUGGGAAAAUAACUUUGGAUAUCCACAAUCAACAUAUCCAUAUCCACAACCACAACAAAAUCCAUAUCAAAGACAUAAUCACCACCGCGCUACACAACACGAUUAUUCGCGGCCAAAUAGGAAGUUAGAUAGGAGAUAUUCAAGGAUAGCUGAUGAUUAUCAUUCUCUUGAUGAGGUUACUACUGCUCUUUCACAUGCUGGCUUGGAAUCUUCUAAUCUCAUUGUUGGGAUUGAUUUCACAAAGAGCAAUGAAUGGACAGGGAAGAGGUCAUUCAAUCGAAAAAGUUUACAUCACAUCGGAAAUGGUCAAAAUCCUUACGAACAAGCAAUCGCAAUUAUUGGGAAAACAUUAAGCACUUUUGAUGAGGAUAACAUGAUUCCUUGUUUUGGAUUUGGAGAUGCAUCAACACAUGAUCAAGAUGUCUUCAGUUUCCAUCCAGAUGAGAGGUGUUGCAAUGGAUUUGAGGAAGUUUUGUCAAAAUAUAGAGAGAUUGUUCCAUGCCUCCGACUCGCAGGACCCACCUCAUUUGCCCCUAUUAUUGAGAUGGCCAUGACUAUUGUCGAGAAAAGUGGUGGCCAAUAUCAUGUCUUGCUUAUAAUCGCUGAUGGACAGGUGACAAGAAGUGUUGACACACAGCAUGGCAAGCUAAGUUCACAGGAAAAGAAGACAAUUGAUGCAAUUGUAAAAGCUAGCGAGUAUCCACUGUCGAUAGUUUUGGUUGGAGUUGGAGAUGGACCAUGGGAUAUGAUGAGGGAAUUUGACGAUAACAUUCCAGCUCGAGCCUUUGACAAUUUUCAGUUUGUGAAUUUUACGGAGAUAAUGUCAAAGAAAGUGGAUUCGAACCGAAAAGAGACAGAGUUUGCUCUAGCAGCUUUGAUGGAGAUACCUUCUCAAUAUAAGGCAACCAUAGAUCACAGCCUAUUGGGGACACGGAGGGGAUACUCACCAGAUAGGGUUCCUUUACCUCCACCACAAUAUGAUAGGUCUUCUUCUAGCAAUGCCGCAACAUCUUUUCGUUCAAACAGUUUUCAGCAAAGUACUCAUACUCAUGCGAUCAACAGCAAUGAAAUGAACUCACAAAGUACUCCUCAUACUUAUGCGAGCAACGAGAAUGGAAUGAACUCGGAACCAUCUUCAAGUGGUUUAUAUGACAAUAAGAUUUGUCCAAUUUGUCUUACUAAUGGGAAGGAUAUGGCCUUCGGUUGCGGGCAUCAGACUUGUUGCGAAUGUGGAGACAGUCUUGAAUUCUGCCCUAUUUGCCGGAGCACAAUCGAUACGAGAAUAAAGCUUUAUUAAGCUUCCGCAUACAACCUCGACUUGGAUCCUCUGCAGCCGGCUGCACUAUAAAGCGGAUCCAUUGUUCAUUUAAAUAACCAUAUAUCACAAUUUUGAAUCAAAACAAUUAUGUCAGGUUAGGUUUAUUUGUUUACAUAAUAAAUAGGUAUUGCCUCAUUGUAUAUAUAAAGUUUGUGUUGUGUGCUAUGAAGGGUUGAUGUAAUAUUUGAUUCAAAAUUGAUUUCUUAAGUCACGUUCAUUCCAA